UUUUUCGUUUUAUGCUGACUCUGUUGGAUUAAUCCAUUAUGGAGAAGGUGGUCAACAUGAGCCAUUGGAGAAGUAAGCUUGUUUUGUGGAUGAUAAUGGUGAUUCAAUUAUCACUGUUUCUCUCUGUUUUCUCUACUGAAAUCCAUGCCAGAAAACUCCUAAAGGACAACCACAUUAACACUAAUGAUGUCCGGUUACACAUAAGUGAUCGCCAAGUGAUUAUUGAUAAUGGACUUGUUGAAGUCACUAUCGAGAAUCCAUCUGGUUACUUGAUAGGAAUUAAAUAUAAAGAGAUGGAAAAUGUACUUGAAAGGAGAAACCAUAAUUCCAAUAGAGGGUACUGGGACAUUGUGUGGGAUGAUGAUGCCUAUGAUAAACUGGAAACCAAGCACGUCGAGGUCAUAACACAAACUAAUGACAUUGUAGAGCUUUCCUUUACCAAAACAUGGAGUUCUAAAAACCAUGGAAAGACACUUCCCCUGAACAUACAAAAAAGGUACAUAGUCCGGCGCGGCAUCUCGGGGGUCUACAUGUACGGCAUUUUCGAGCGCCAGGAAGAUUUUCCGGAAGCUCAUAUGUACCAAAUAAGGAUUGCUUUCAAGCUCCAGGAAGACAAGUUCCGGUUCAUGGCGAUAUCGGACACGAUACAACGGGUCAUGCCUCAAAGUGAAGAUCGGGUCAAAGGUCAUAGUAAGCCUCUUGACUUCAAAGAAGCUGUUUUACUGACAAAUCCAUCAAAUCCAAAACUUAAAGGAGAGGUUGACGAUAAGUACCAAUAUUCUACUGAGAAUAAAGAUAAUAAACUUAACGGUUGGAUAUCGGACCACGAUGCCGUCAGUUUUUGGAUAAUGACCCCUAGUAAUGAGUUUAGAACCGGCGGUCCGCAUAAACAGGACCUUACUUCUCAUGUCGGUCCGACUGCUCUUUCGAUGUUUGUUAGUACGCAUUAUACUGGACCCGAAAUCGACACAUUCUAUAAGGAAGGAGAGGCUUGGAAAAAAGUUUUUGGUCCGGUUUUGAUCUAUCUGAAUUCUGCUUCUUCAAAGGACGAUGAUCACCGCAAGAUCCUGUGGAAUGAUGCUAAAAGACAGUUGAGUGAAGAAAUUGAAAGUUGGCCUUACAAUUUUACUCGAUCAGAAGAUUUUCCUCACUCUCAACAACGAGGACAAGUUAAUGGACAACUGCUAGUGCAAGACCGGUACAUGGAUAAGCAAUUAAUGCAGGCAAAAUCUGCCUUUGUGGGGUUGGCCCCCCCUGGAGAGGUUGAUUCAUGGCAAAAAGAAGGAAAGGGCUACCAAUUUUGGACUCAAACCGACAAGAUUGGUCGUUUCAACAUAAAAAAUGUCCGACCAGGGGUGUAUAAUUUGUAUGCUUGGGUCCAUGGUUUCAUAGGAAGCUACAAAUUAGAUCUCAAUAUCACUAUCCAACCAGGAAAUAAGAUCGAAUUGGGUACACUUAUAUAUGAUCCACCAAGAAAUGGACCGACAUUGUGGGAAAUUGGGAUUCCAGACAGGACAGCGGCCGAGUUCUUCAUACCUGAACCAUACCCACAAUAUGUCAAUUCAAUUACCAAUGAUGGUGCAGACAAAUUCAGGCAAUAUGGAUUGUGGGAUCGAUACUCGAAUAUUUAUCGUGAUAGUGACCUUGUCUACACUGUGGGUGCAAGCAACUAUUCAAAGGAUUGGUUCUUUGCUCAUGUUCCAAGGAAAACCGGGGACGAUAGGUACCGACCAACAACAUGGCAAAUCAAAUACAAUCUCCAAGAUGUAAACAAUAGAGGAACCUACACUCUCCAAAUGGCAAUAGCAGCAGCUUCUUUUGCAGAAGUAGAGGUUCGAUUCAACGAUCCAAAUUCCGAUCGACCUCAUUUUACAACCAGAAGAAUCGGUUACGACAACGCCGUACCAAGGCACGGGAUUCACGGAUUGUACAGAUUGUACAGCAUUGAAGUACCUGGAUAUAGAUUUCGUAAAGGGAACAACACAAUAUAUCUAACUCAGACAAGAAGUGACAACCCUUUUGAAGCUGUAAUGUAUGAUUACAUUCGAUUAGAAGGGCCUAAUAGUUUAAACGAUUAGUUAAUGUUAUCAAAUGUGCAAUUUAGGAUGGUUCUUUUGUUCUUUUUAUUUUUUUUAUUUAAUUUAAGUAUGAUUGUAAUUCUAGCCUUGAUUUCUAUGAUUAUAGCAACCAUUCAAUUGUAUACUGAAUAUAAAUUUUAUGAAUUAAAUUAUUAGGUAUUUAGUAAA